UAAUUUAGCUACUGGAGGCCCUGGUUUAUCCAAAGCUGUGAAACUGGAUGAGAGGCCCGCCCCUUGAGUGUCUGACCACAGGGCUCUUUGACUGGAAACUGCAGCUCCAAGUCAGGGUGUGCUGAUUUGAAUCUUUUUCACGGGUGAAAAGCCAAGAGAGAUGCAUUUCAUCUUCUCAGAUGAGGUAGUGCUUCUCUUUGAUUUCUGGAGCGUCCACAGUCCUACAGGCAUGGCCCUUUCCGUGUUGGUCAUCCUGCUUCUGGCUGUGUUGUAUGAAAGCAUCAAGGUUGGCAAAGCCAGGCUGCUCUACCAGGCCCUGAUGAACCUGUCCAUCCCCACAAGCCAGCAGCUUAUCGAAGAGACAGACCAGGAUUCUUCAAGUUCAGACUCCCUGCCUGUCAGCAGAAGCCCUCUCAGGUGGUUUUUGUGUCACUUCGGCCAGUCUCUGCUCCAUGUCGCUCAGGUGGUCGUGGGCUACUUCAUGAUGCUGGCGGUUAUGUCCUACAACACCUGGAUUUUCUUCGGCGUGGUCCUGGGCUCCGGUGUGGGCUACUACCUGGCCUACCCACUUCUCAACAUGACUUAGCUGGUUGAGGGUGAGGGCUCUGGGGGCUGGAAGGACCUGGGGCACCUCAUUCCAGACCUUGAACCCCAUGUCUCCUGUUUCUUCUGCUGGCUGUUCUCAAGGCAUUGCCGGCUCCUGGAAACUUUCAGCUGAAGCCAGCGCUUGCUCCCUGGAGUUCUGAGGCCAUUGCCGCUCCUCAGCCAGGCUGCAGAGGGCCCUGGCGAAGUCUUUCUGUGCCUUUAAGAAGGCUGCUUUGACAGGAGGUGGGGUGGAGACCAGAACCUGGGGGCAGAUUUCAUAACCACGGCAGCAUUUGCUGGGAUCCCUUUCCCUCUCCUGGGGUGAAAGUGACAGCUGACUAAAGGCAAAGAAGCAGGAUCUUACCAGGGCUGUGACCUACCCUCCAAAUACAGUGAGCUCCUCCCAUGGGAUGGCACUGCCAUGGGACGGUGAUAGUUAAACGGAUUAGGUGUCGGGGAGGGGAGCUCUUUGUGGCCCUAAUCUUAUCCUGAUCCUCCCCCUAAUGCAAAACCAAGAAUUCACUGAGUAAUAUUCAAUCAUGAUGUUUUCUAUUUAUUACUUACUGCUCACCCAUAGUGAUCUGGUGGGGAAACAUGAUUCGUUCAAAUACUGAGUAAGCCACAGGGCGUAUCGACUGAAGAUGAAAUAAGCCAUCAAGCCAAUGAGUAGAGUUAGGUGGGGGCUCUUCAGAUAUUGAACCUUUUCGCUUGGAAGAAAAGGAAAGAAUAGACCCAGGGAGAGAAAAUCACUGCUGUCUACUGUAAUGUCUAUACUCAAGUACCUCAUGGGCUAGAGGAAAGAUGGUCUGAAGCUUUGAGAAUUAAAAAAGAAAUUAUUUUAAUAAAUAUAUAUUUUUAAAUAGUC